GGUCUUUGGAGCGCCGCACAGCAAAGAAAAAUAUCCAGCGUGGACCCCACCUCUCGAACAUUAUCUCCUCGUGAUUCUCCUUCUCUGGAAUCCUCCGUCUCCCCGUCUCUCGUUCGCUUUCUCCACUCCCAGCGACGGCGGCAUGCCUUCUCCACUUCUUUUCUCACCACUCCCAGCAAUGGCGGCGCACCUUCUCCCUCUCCGCGCCUUCUUCACUCCUCACGACGGCUGCACGCUUUCUCUCCCCGCGACGGCGGCGCAUCUUCUCCAUUCCCCAGCUCGUCACUCCUCAGCGACGGCGGCUCGCCUUCUCUACUCCCCGACUCGUCUCUCCCCUGCGGUGAAACCAACGGCUCACCACUCCCCGGCGACAUGAUGGUGCGGCCUCCACAGAUCUGGAGCCGCCUCUUCCUUGUCUCCAUCACAACACCAGGCACGCGUCAUCCCCGACACCGAUGCCAAAGGCCGGCCCUCAGUAUUACGCGCACGUACGCACAGAGAUUGAAGAAGACAGAAGUCUGUACGGUGAACAGUGUAUGCACAUGAGCAACGCUAAAUGCUAUACUGAGCUGCAUGAAAAAUACUGGGGCCGUACUUCUCUAAUCUCUAGGAUUGUAAGUGCAUCCAUGUGUUCAGAACAAUUGCAGGCUUGGCAGAGGCUUAGAGCUAGUGAUGCUCUACUGAAACGGUGAAAUGUGAAAAUAGUAUUGCACUCUGCAAUGAAAUCAAGACAAAAUAUGCAGUUGUGUUCGUAAUAUGUCAACAGAUGUGAACUAAUAAUUGGAGAAAGCACGACAAUUCUCGGUUAUCGGGUAUUCCUUUUCUUCUGAGAGUUAGGCCAUCAGAAAUUGGGUAAACCAACCUAUGUUACCACUCCAUGCGAAACACAGAAUUCUGAAAAAUACAUGGCGCAGCUCUCCCACUGGAGUAAUGGACAUGUGACGAACACUUAAUCAGGUCAACUUCUUGCUUGUUUUCCCAGCUCUGCUCACCUUUAGCUACAUACUCUUCCAUCAUUUUCUAUGCCUAGGUCUUCACUAGCCAGCCCAUAAUCCAAACUUCUUUACAUCUUCCAAGAAACCAAAUAUCUAAUGCAUCCAUCGCCGAGUUCGAUGAGAUCGAUCUGAAAGUCUUUUGACCCUGGUGCUAUUGUUCUGCAUAUAGCCUGCACUUGACCAUGGCCUCACUGCCCCUCACACACAGCAGUACAUCACUCACUCACUCACUUCACAGUUUACACCACCGGCCGGAAGCCAUGGCGCCGGCUAGGGCGCACCACCUCCUAGCCUGCCUGUUGGCUUCUGCGCUGCUCGCCGCCGCCACGCCGGUGACCGGCGGUGGGCUCAUGACGGACCAGCUCGAGGUACUGUUUGGCCAGACGCAGCUGCUCAACGACAGCAAUGGCGACCAGACAAUUGCGCUGACGCUAGACCGCGAGAUGGGGUCGGCGUUCAAGUCCAAGACCUCGUACCUCUUUGCAAGGAUCGACAUGGACAUCAAGCUCGUCGCCGACGACUCCGCCGGCACCGUCACCACGAUAUACUUGAUAUCCGAGAAGGAUUGGAACACCCACGACGAGAUCGACCUGGAGUUCCUGGGCAACGUCACCGGGCAACCGUACACCCUGCAUACCAACAUCUUUGCCAACGGCGAAGGCGGCAGGGAGGUGCAGUACCGGCUCUGGUUUGAUCCUACCCAGGAUUUCCACACCUACUCCGUCAUCUGGAACCCAGACGAGAUCCUGAUCCUGGUUGACAACAUGCCGAUCCGGCAAUUCAAGAACCACUUGGACUCCGGCGUGCCGUUCCCGAUCUACCAGCCGAUGAGGCUGUUUGGCUGCCUGUGGGACGCCGACGACUGGGCGACGGAGGGUGGCCGCAUCAAGACCGACUGGUCGCAGGCGCCUUUCGUGGCAUACUUCCGGAACUACACCGCCGACGGCUGCGUGCCGAGCUCUUAUGCGUGGGUAUGCGGCCAGGGCCCGGCCAGCAGCAGUGACUGGUUCGACCGGGGGCUGGACGACGUCAAGCAGCAGCAGCAGCUGAGGGAGGCCCAGGACAAGUACAUGAUCUACAACUACUGCAACGACCCCGAGAGGUUCCCCGAUGGUUAUCCAAAAGAGUGUGGGUUGCAGUAGGAUAGAGGUGGCUCGGUAUGCAUGUGAGAAGUGCGUGAAAUGUACCGAAUCAAUAUUCCUUUUUUGAAGAUUUUACUGGAAUAUUGAGAUUGUUUCAUUCUUUGCCCCGAGGAGGAAAAAGAGAGCAGAAAGUUUCAGAAAAAAUUGAAGGUUUUCGAUUUGAGUGUUUCGGUCUGAAUGAAAAUUUUCAAAAGCAUUUGGAACUUUUCUAUUGUUUUGAAAGUUUUUGUUAUGCUCAGACACUCCUCCUGCCCCAGAUCAGUUGGGUAUCAUGAGAUACCUCAAGAACAUGGGCCCAGAAUGAAGUAAACUAAUUCUGUAAUGAAUAUAUGAAAAUAAUGGUGACAAACAAUUCAUUACAG